AUGUUUUUCAUACGGGGCCUCGUCCCCCGCCUUAACCUGCCGGUCCCCGUGGCUCUGGCAAUGGUAUAUAUAUUCUUCCUCGGCCCGCUCGUGCUGAUGCUAUACUACGAGCUGAAAAGCCGACGAGAACGCGCCCACACGCCCAAGGGAUGUCGCAAACUAGGCCUACACGACAACCACUCCAACCUAUCCGACGAAGCAGCCUACGGUACCGACGGGAACAAGGACGAUAAGAAAGAGACCGAGGCAAGAGUGAAAGCGCUAAUCAUCUACCCGAUCAAAAGCUGCCAGGGCAUCGAGUUCAACCGGACUGAAUUUGAAGAUAGCGGACUAGCGUGGGACCGUCAGUUUUGUUUUGCAGAAUAUACCACCAACUCCGAGGGGGGCGGGAGAUGGGACGCAAAGACCCUUCGAGAUGGGAAGUUUAGUAGACUCGCACUCAUCAGGGCUGAGAUAUGGGUUCCUGACCCGUCAAGUGAAGGGUACGAUACACGACUUCGCUCGGUCAAAUCAGGAGGUGUCCUAAUCAUCUAUUUCCCACGGGACACUCGCUCUCUCUCCCUCUGGACCCAAGCAGCCAUCCGUCUGGGUCUAGCCGAUAGUGAAGAAUUCUUCUCCAUCCCUCUCAACCCACCAGACACAGACGAGUAUCCUCUCGAAUCUAUACGGUUGUUUACCAUCCCUACGAAAGGAACGCAAUAUACCACACACCUACCUGCGUCUCUUUCGAGGUUUCUGGAAUGUAAGAAGCCGUUGAGCCUGUUUCGGGUGCAUGCGUCGCAUAGUCGUGUGGCGGGGGGGAAUGCGCCUACCGAGCAAGAGCUGGGGUUCGCACCUCGCAUGGCGUUUAGUGAUCUAUAUCCGCUACAGGUGCAGAGUAUGGGAAGUAUUCGAGACAUGGCUGGGAGGACUAGGUAUGCCAUCCCACAUCUGAGCGUGAGGAGGUUCAGGCCGAAUAUUGUCGUCGAGGGGGUCGGGGCGUAUGAGGAGGAUGCAUGGAAGAUGGUCCGCUUGGUACCUGAUGACGGAGGAGAAGAGGGGGUAGAGAUACAUGUAUCGUGUCGGACGGUGAGGUGCAAGUUGCCUAACGUGGACCCUGACACGGGCGAGAGACAUGCUGUUGAACCCGAUAAGACGCUGAGGGGGACGCGGGCCAUCGACGAGGGAGCGAGCGGAGGCUGUCUCGGCAUGAUGCUCGUCCCCACCAAGCCUAGAUUCACGAUACGGGUGGGAGACAGGCUAGAGGUACUCUCUACCGGCAAGCACUUUUACAGAAAGUAG